GUCAUACGGUAGGAGGAGUACAUGUACGUUGGGGUAAUCCUGGCCGGACAGGACUUAUCGAAGCCUCUGCAGGAGUGCCUGUCGACCUUGAAAAGAAAACGGCUUAUUUCUUGCGCAUGCAUUUGCUGAUCGUUAAAGAGGUAACCAACUUGUUAAGGGCACGAUUUGACAUGGCUGUACCGCGACAUAAACUUCAUGCGACGUUACAAAAGUUUAAGAAAACUUUAAAUCAUGCACAGAAAAAUAAUCUUCUAAAUACAAUGCAGUGGGGUCUUUUGUUUCCGAAAUAUCAUCAACCGUCUUCGGACACUUUUGACGUUACUCUCCUAGCUUAUCUACUAAGAAACAUCUGUGGACUUAAGUCAAAAUCGAAAUGGUGGGGUGAGCCUGACAACCGCAAGAUUCCUGAAAAUGUAGUUACUGCGGAAGCUGACAUUGCUCGAUUAAUAAACUUAAGGAAUGAUAUGCUGCACAAACAAGUUGCUUCAUUAGAGCCGGCAGAAUUUGAAGACAUGUGGGACCUAGCAGAAAAUGUCAUGAUCAGACUAGCUACAGAAUUGAAAAUACAAGAUCAGAAGCAGAAAAUUGAUGAUUUGAAGGCUCGACAACUUGAUUUAGUUACAGCUGAAAUGAGUAUAAUGAGUAUAAAAGCUCAUACAGAAUAUUUUCUACAAGAUUAUCAAGACGAUCUCCAAUAUGUAGAAACUACUACCUACUACAAAGCAAAGUCAAUUUUAAAAGAUAAUAAUAUGGUAAUAUUAAUUGGUCAUCAAGGGGAAGGUAAAACUACUAUGGCUGCAAGACUUGCCUUACAUGCAAGUCUCUCCCCACGUAAGUGCCUAAAACUUGCAGCGCCAUCUGAUUGGCGAAAAAUCGAUUUGUCAUUAAAACGUUUCGAUACAAUUAUCAUAGAUGACAUAUUUGGUGCUGGUGCUUUGGAUCAGAAGUUGGUCGGUGAUUGGCGAAAUCAUUUGAAUGAACUAGAAACAGCAGCAAAGAAAAAUGGUGUGCGAUUGAUAAUAACAUCCAGGCAUUACGUUAAUGAGGCAUCUAAAGAGGAACUUGGUUCUCUGCCAAUGUUCAAGAACGAUAACAAAGCUCUUCUGCUGCUUACAUCCUCUGAGCUUACAUCUGCCGAGAAAACUAAAAUUCUAAAAAUGCAAGCGGCAAAGCACGACAAAUAUUUGGAUGACGAAAUAAUACAUGAAUGUGUUGAAGCUGCUAAAGGCCCGACAGAAGAAGUAAAAUAUUUUCUGUUCGGUUUCCCAGAAUGUGCAUCUAUGUUUGUCAGAAACAAAACCAUGUUCGACAAAGGUGCAUCCUUUUUUAAGCAACCAGCCGAGUUUAUUAAAACAUAUUUAGAUAUGUUGUAUAGCGGCAAAGAACAAGAAAAGUUUUUAGCGCUUGUAGCUGUAUGGGCCAGUGAUAAUAAAAAGGUAUCACGAGAAGAACUGAGGAAAUGUAGAAGUGUAUCCAACAACGUCAAGAAGGUAGCAGAAAUAUUUGGCCGUAAUUUAAGCAGAGCUUUCCUUGACAAAAUGCGAACUUCAUUAGAAUCUCAUGUCGGAGGCUAUCUUGUUUAUAUAGAGGCUACUGGUGAAUAUACUUUCAGUCAUAAUGUCAUCGCAGAUAUGGUUGGGUUGGUCAUCGGUAAACAAAAACCAGGAGCAGCUUUAGAAAUAUGUCCACGAGACUUUCUUAUGGAUUUUGUUUCAAUUGGGGAAGACGAACUAGAUGAUUUUAAAGUAGCCUUAAUGGAGAGUCAAACCGAUUGUCUCGUAGUUAAAUGUGUUAAAAUGCUUUUGCGGGAAAACUGUAACCAAGAUACUGAAAACAUCAAACUAGAUGAGUUUGAAACACUUUCAAGGACCGGACAGAAUAAUAAUUACAUCUACGUUAUCCGCUUGAUUGAUUUUGGUAUCAUUAAACACAAAGCUUUUAGUUCUGAGAGAUUUGUGAAAAAGUUCAUCGACUAUGUCAUUGAAGAAAAUCUCGUACAAAAAUUGUUCUCUGUACCCGUCGUGAUAAUGAUGGGACAUUUCCUUGACUAUGGAAUAUCUAUGAAGCAACUUGAUAUGUGUCUGAUGGGAUAUGCGUGGUACAGUGGGGCAACGACAUUUGCAAAGGAAGUUAUAGCACGACGGGUACUAGGAGAGGAGAACGCGGAUUUGUCUUUACCUUUAUUGUUGGCCAUUCACUCAAGACAAAAAGAUUCAGUAGAAUUCCUCCUACGCCAUGGAGCAAGAGUAACUGGCGAUGCGAUAUAUAUCGCUUCUCAUAAGAGCAUAGAGCUUCUUGAAAUAUUACUCCAAUAUCCAGGUACAGACGUAAAUGACAGAGGAAAUGCAGUCAAUGGUAAUUUUCCAUUAAUUAUAGCAGCGCGAAAGGGUCUAUUUGAAGCUGCAAAAUGUAUGAUAACCUCAGGUGCAGAUCCUGGAGUACAGAACACGAAACAUAUGACGGCAUUACAUAAAGCAAUACUAUACAAGCGUAAAGAUGUGAUCAAGCUAUUGAUAGAUGCCGGAGCACCACUUGAUAUAAAAGGGGGUGAAUUAAAAAGAACACCAUUGCAUUUAGCUGUUGAUUUGAAUGAAAUGAAACUCGUGGAAGUUCUCCUUGAAAAGGGUGCUUCUUUGAUGGUCGAAGACGAUAGUGGACAAUUUCCAAUACAUCUUGCUGCUAUACGAGGAAGAAUUGAUAUUGUACGAGCUCUUUAUUUAGCUGACCCGAGUCAGGAUAAACUAAAAACAUCCUCGUAUGGUAAAAGACAUGUUAUCAAGGAAAUGUCUUUAUUUCAUAUUGCCGUUUGGAAAAGGAAUGAGGAGCUUCUCGAUGCUUUGAUAGGACUUAAAGCUGAUCCAAAUGUAACAGGUUUCAAUGAUAAGACUCCUUUGUACUAUACAAUUAUGAGAACACAGGAAGACUUCAUCAAUAAAUUAUUAAACUACGGACGAACCGAUAAGAAUAAACCACAAAAACAAGGUUUCACUCCUCUACAUGCUGCUAUUCACAAAGAUUUAAAUGGCAUCGCAAAACGUUUAGCAUUAGAUGUCGAUGUUAAUGUAAACGCAAAGGACGUAUACGGGAAAACUGCACUUCAUGUAGCAUGUGAAAAGGCAAAGGUUGGGUUAAUACAGACCCUUCUGGCAAAAGGAGCAGAUCCAAGAAUUAUCACGAAGAGAGGCGAUACUGUGUAUCAUAUCUUGAGAAAAAGUAAAAAGUACCUGUCUGAAAAUAAAUCGAACAAUUCACAAUGUGCUGAGCAGGUCAUGAGUGAAUUUGACCCGGAAUUCGAUGCAAUGUUGUCACUUUUAGGAAAGAAGAUCGGUGUAGGAAACGGACCCCGAGGAAGGAAAAUACAAAUGCACACCACGGUAGAUUCACAUGAAGAUAAAAAUUAUGAUUACUUAGAGGCAUGUGCUUCCAUACAAGAUAAGUAUGACAAACCAAAAAGAAUAAAAAAGAAACAGAAAAGAAGUAAAAAAGAUAUGUAUGACGAUUACGACGACGCUGAUGAUUUUAAGCAAGAUAUUAUAUAUGACAGAAAAAGAAACAAACAAAAUAAAGAAAACAUAAAAUGGCUUCUGGGGGAAGUCAUGGAGCAGCACCUGGUAGAAUAGCGCCUGUUGGAGCUCUUGAGGGAGUACAUGUUGACCUCGAGAAAAAAAGAGGCUUAUUACUUGCGAAUGCAUUUUCUGAUAGAAAAAGAGGUUACCGCCCUCUUAAGGGCACGUUUUGACCUGGCUGUACCGCCACACCAACUUCAUGCGAAAAUAAAAAAGUAUAUGAACACCCUAAAUUAUGCAAAGAAUAAAAAUCUUCUGAAUAAAACGCAGUGGGAUCUUUUGUUUCCGCAAUACCAUCCACCGUCCUCGGGCACCUUCGACGUUUCUCUUCUGGCUUAUUUACUUAGAAACAUCUGUAAACUUAAUUCGAAUUGGUGGAAUGAAACUGACAACAACAAAAUUCCUGACAGUGAAGUUACUAUAGAAGCUGAUAUUGUUCGAUUAAGAAACUUAAGGAAUAAUAUGCUGCAUAAACCAAUUGCUUCAUUAGAGCCGGCAGAAUUUGAAAACAUGUGGGACUCAGCAGAAAAGGUAAUGCUUCGCCUUGCUGCAAAGUUAAACAUACAAGACCAAAAGAAGACAAUUGAUGAUUUGAAAACCAGACAACUUGAUUUAGUUACAAAUGGAAUGAGGAUUAUAAGAGCAAAUACAGAAUUAUUUCUUCAAGACUAUCAAGACGAUCGUCAAUAUGUAGAAACUGCUGCCUACCAGAAAGCAAUGCGAACUUUAAAAGAUAAACACAUGGUUAUACUAACUGGACAUCCAGGGGAAGGAAAAACUAUCAUGGCUGCAAGACUUGCCUUACAUGUAAGUCAGUCCCCACGUAACUGUCUCAAUCUUGUAUCGCCAUCAGAUUGGAGACAAAUCGACUUGUCAUUAAAGCUUUUUGAUACAAUAAUCAUAGAUGACAUAUUUGGUGCUGGUGCUUUGGAUCAGAAGUUACUCGAAGAUUGGCGAUAUCAUCUGAAGGAAAUAGAGAGAGCAGUCAAGAAAAAAGCCGUGCGAGUGAUAAUAACGUCAAGGCAUUACAUUUAUGAGGAAUCUAAAGAGGAGCUUGGUUCUGUGCCAAUGUUCACCGAAGAUAAUGAAGCUCUUCUCCUGCUUACAUCUUCUGAGCUGUCAUCCGACGAGAAAAGGAAAAUUCUAAAAAUGCAAGCGGAAAAAAAUGUAAGAUUUCUCGAAAACGAAACAGUACAUGAAUGUGUUGAAGCUUCUAAAGGGCCGACAGAAGAAGAAAAAGAUUUUCUGUUCGGAUUUCCAGAAUGUGCAUCUAUGUUUGUCAGAAACAAGACCAUGCUCGAUGAAGGUGCAUCAUUUUUUAAAAAACCAGCCCAGUUCUUUAAAACAUAUUUAGAAGACUUGUAUAGUGGCAAAGAACAAGAAAAGUUUUUAGCACUUGUAACUGUAUGGGCCAGUGAUGAUAAAAAGGUCUCGCAAAAGGAUUUGAGGGAUAUGGAAAGUGCAUCGGACCAUGUCAAGAAGGUAGCAAAAAUAUUUGGCCAUAAUGUUAGCCGAGACUUUCUUUACAAAAUGCGAUUAUCCUUAGAUUCUCAUGUGGGAGGAUAUCUUGUUUUUACAGAGUCGACUAAAGAAUAUACUUUCAGUCAUAAUGUCAUCGCAGAUAUGGUUGGUCUGGUCAUUGGUAAACAUGAACCAGAAAAAUCAGUAGAAAUAUGUCCACGAGACUUUCUAAUGGAGUUUGUUUUAAUUGAAGAUGGCAUGCGAGAUGAUUUUAAAGUACUCUUAUUGGACAACGAAAUCAAUUGUCUUAUAGUAAAAUGUGUUAAAAUGCUUUUGCGAGACACCUUUAACCAAGAUGUUAAAGAUAUCAAACUAUAUGACUUUCAAGAACUUUCCAGGACCGGGCAUAAUAAUAAUUACAUCUACAUUAACCGCAUGAUUGAUUUUGGUAUCAUUAAACACAAAGCUUUUAGCUCUGAUAUAUUUGUGAAAAAGUUCAUCGACUAUAUCAUUGAAAAACAUCUCGUACAAAAAUGUUUUUCUGUACCCGUCAUGAUAAUUGACUAUUGGAAACAUAUAAUGAAACUUGAUAUACAUAUGCAGAAACUUGUAAUGUGUCUGAUGGGAUAUGCCUGGUAUAUUGGGGCAACGAUAUUUGCAAAGGAAGUUAUGACUCGACGGGUGCUCGGAGAGGAAAACGUCGAUUUGUCUGUACACUUAUUGUUGGCUGUUCACUCUAGACAAAAAGAUUCAGUAGAAUUCCUUCUUCGCCAUGGAGCAAAGGUAACUGGCGAUACGAUAUAUAUCGCUUCUCAUAAUAGCGUAGAGCUUCUUGAGAUAUUACUUAAACAUCCAAAAACAAACGUCAAUGACAAAGGAAAUGCAAUCAAUGGUAAUUUUCCUUUAAUUUUUGCAGCAGAAGAGGGUCUAACUGAAGCUGUGAAAUGUAUGCUUAACGCAGGUGCUGAUGCUGGAGUACAGAACAAAGAACACAAGACGGCAUUAUAUAAGGCAAUACAAUACAAACGCAAAGAUGUGAUCAGACUUUUGAUAGAUGCCGGAGCACCACUUGAUAUAAAAGAGGGUGUAUUGAGUAGAACACCACUACAUUUAGCAGUGGAUUUGAAUGAUAUUGAAGUUGUGGAAGUUCUCCUUGAAAAAGGUGCUUCUUUGAUGGUCAAAGACCUUGGAGGAGACAUCCCAAUACAUACUGCUGCUAUAAAAGGAAGAACUGAUAUUCUACGAGCACUUUAUAUAGCGGAUCCAAGCCAGGGCAACCAAUUAAUGUACUACUUUGGUGCAGAGUCUGAGUAUGUUCUCAAACUUCAUUCAUUAUUUCAUAUUGCCAUUUGGAAAAAGGAUGAAGAGCUUCUAGAUGCUUUGAUAGGACUAAAUGCUGAUCCAAAUUUAAAAGAUUUCUAUGAUCAGACGCCUUUGUACUAUGCAAUUAUGAGAAAACAGAAAAGCUUCAUCAACAAAUUAUUAGACUAUGGGCGAACCGAAAAGAUAAAACCACAUACUCAAGGUAUCACUCCUCUACAUGCCGCUAUUUACAAAGGUUUAUAUGACAUUGCAAAACGUUUGGCUUUAGAUGCCAAUGUAAAAGUAAAUGCAAAAGACAUAUACGGGAAAACGGCACUUCAUGUAGCAUGUGAAAAGGUAAAUGUUGGGUUAAUACAGACUCUUCUGGCAAAAGGAGCGGAUCCAAGAAUUGUCACGAAGAGUGGCGAAAAUGUAUAUCAUUUCUUGAGAAAAAGUAAGAAGAAUUUGUCUGUUGGAAGAUCCAAAGAUGCGAAAUGUGCUGAGCAGGUCAUACGUGAAUUUGUCGAUCCGGAAUUUUUUACAAAAUUGCAGAAAAUAAGAAAUAAAUUCGACCCAUAUGAAGAUGAAAAUGAUGACCACUUAGAUGCGUGUGCUUCCAUAGAAGAUAUGUAUUACAAUCCAAAAUCAAUCAAAAGGAAAUAUAAAAAGAAAAAAAAAGAUAUGUAUGACGAUUAUGGCGACUACUUUUAUUAAAGGAUCGAAAUUGAAAAUCACUGAAAGGAGUGUGUUGUUUAAUUGUGUGGAGAUAGCGAAUCAAUUGAACAGAUAACUACAAAUGUGAGACUACUUAAUUCUUUCAUGAAAUGUAUGCUUAUAAAUAAACAUAGUUUUAUACUGACAAUAGAAUGUUUCUUCAAACUUUACUUUUUUAAAUAUUCUAUAUUAUAUUAAGCUAGAAUGGUAUGUAUAAGUUUUAUGCUAGAGUUAAUACAUGUCAUAACCUGAUGUGAAAAUGUGUCAUAACUUUUAUUGAAUACUUUGUGUUUUCUAAAUACAAACAGAUAUAUACACAUAGACAUGAAUAUAAUGAAAAUAAUUUGAUUAGUAUGUAUGACUUUUAAAGUAAAGUGUUGUCUAUAGUUUUUUGUGUGUUUCGUUUCUGUUAACGACAUUUGCAUUAA